AUGAUUUAUGAGUGUUUAGAGAGCCCUAAAAAAACUAAAGACUCCACAGCGUCUCAUUCCAGCAACUCAGGCAGCAGCACAAAAAGUAAAAGCCAUUCAUACAGAAUUGAGAAAACUUUUAACCCUGUAAUUGAUGAAGAUAAGUUCGAAAGCCAUCGAGUAUUUUUUAUUUAGAGAUCUAUAAUCAAGCAAAAAAAAUCCACGAGUAUUAUUCAAAGAUCUCUUUUGUCAUGAAUUCUGAAAAUAAAAGUGAAAAAUCUAUUGAGCUUACAAAGAAAAUCAAAAACGCCUUUAUACCAAGUAUUUAAUAAUUUUGUGGCGGCUUUGCAAGGAGGAUUAAAAGAGGCAUUUAAUGAAGUAAAAAUAAGGAAAAAUUAUCCAUUUGAGGAUUAUUCAAGCGAAUUUUUAGUUCCAGAUAAAGAUAUUUUUGGAAAAAUCCCUAUUUCUGUUCAUGACCAAACAAACAAAGAAUUUCUAGGAAUUUUCAAUGAAAAGUCAUUGAUUAAAAUUCAUAAGAGAGAAAUUGAUGGAUCUUCAGAAAUUGAGGAUAUAUUUGAUAAAAACAUAAUGAUGAAUUUGAUUCCUUUGCACAAUAAAAGUAUCGAAUUUCAUGAACAAUUGCUAAAGCCAGCUUCAUUAUCAGAUUUUGCUGAAUUUUCUGAUAUGAGUUUUUCCAAGCUUGAAUUCGUAAAAGGAAACUUGAGUUUUAAUGUUGAAAAAUUCGAAUUAUUAGGGAAAAAUAAAGAAAAGCUGCUUGAAAUAUAUAAAGAAGCUCAAGAAAAAGUAGAUAAAAAAUCAAUAAUAUUGAUGAAAAUGCUAGACGAGAGGGAUGAUUUAGUAGCUCAGAUCGAGUAUAGCAAAAGAAAAAUUGAAAAACUGAUGGUCAUUAUAUCUAAAUCAAAGAAAUUUUAA